GGAAGUCCGCACUUCUGCGAACGAGGAGGUCGUAACAAAAUUCUGUCGGAGGAUGAAGCGUGAAGUGAAAGUCUGGACAACGUUACAACAUCCAAACGUUGUCCCAUUUCAUGGGUGGGCACUUGAGUGCUCUUCAGAAACCAACACGACGUGUGCCAAACUUGUUUCGGCUUGGUGCGAGGGGGGAAAUGUAACAGAGUACCUGAAGAAAACUCCAAAUGCUGACCGUCGUCGACUGGGGAGUGUUGGAUCAUUUCUGCUAAACUCGAGUGACCAUCUUACUCCUUCCUGGUAGGUUCUCAAUGCCGCCCUGGGCCUACGGUAUCUUCAUGUUAAGGAUGUAGUUCAUGGCGAUGUUAAGCCAGUACGAGCCUAAAUCCCCAUCUCGAUUGCCAUGAAGUUCAUCGGGCAGGGAAUUUCCUCAGGAAAACAUUGUCGUCAAUGGAAAAGGAUUGCCAUGCUAUGUGAUUUUGGGUUGUCGCACAUUCUUCUCGAUCUCUCCACGUACGCAGAUGGAUCGAGCGCUACUGGUACUACAAGAUAUACGGCCCCGGAGGUUCUUACUUAUGAGGUGCAAUGCCGCGAUCGCAAAAGCGAUAUUUGGGCGUUUGGUUGUACAUCUGGACAGAUACUUUUUGAUCAAAAACCGUAUCAUGGAUCAGAAACCCACCCUGCGAUUCUGCGCGCGAUAAUGAAUGGGCGCGCCCCGUUUGAAUGGAACGAUCCUGACGACUUUCUCGCCGGUGUCAUUAGUUGCCUCGAACGAAAUCGCAGUGAACGUCCAACCAUUGAAGAACUGGUCCUGCGAUUAAUACCCGUACCCACCGCUGAAUGAUACCCUCAUUGGAAACAUUGUGGAUCACUGCUGGAUCUUCAUCUG